CGCAAUGCUCUGUUUUAUUAUGCCCAAACUUUGCAGUGUCUGGUGUCCGUUUUUGUUGAUCUAAAAAAAACUUUAUUUAUUAUUACCUAGGUUACAUUGUCGUCUUUAGCUUACGUAGCUAUACUACUCGUUUUCCUGACUGUUGUUGGAUUUAGCUGAGUAGUGUAACUUCUGAUAACAGAGGUUCCCCAGCGCAGUAUUUUACAGGAAAUUGCCAACGGGAAAGGGACCGGGUAAGAGGAGGGUUGGGGUUGGUAUCAGGCAGCCAAAAGCACCCUUUCCUGUCAGCUGUCUGGGGCUCCCGGCUCUCCUCCCUACGGCUUAGGAAUGGCGAGCCAUUUCCGCAGUUACAUAUGGGAUCCGGUUCUCAUCAUAUCCCAGAUCAUACUGAUGCAGUGCAUCUACUACAGUUUCCUGGGGUUGUGGCUGGCUGGGGUAGACAGCCUUGUGCAGAACAACCGGUCGCUGGACCAGAUCUUCAGCUAUGAGCUUCUUGGGUUCUCUACACUCCAAGGCCGACUCUCAAUGAUGGCAUUCAUCCUGAACUCACUCACAUGCGCCCUUGGCCUGUGGUUUUUCAUCCGGCGCGGGAAGCAGUGCCUGGACUUCACUGUCACCGUCCACUUCUUCCACAUGAUUGGCUGCUGGAUCUACAACACCCACCUCCCCGCCGCCCUCUCCUGGUGGCUGGUGAACGUGGCGUGCAUGGCGCUCAUGGCGGUGAUCGGGGAGUACCUCUGCAUGCGGACUGAGCUGCGCGCCAUCCCCGUCAACAGCGGGCCCAAAUCCAACCUCUGAUCCCAGCCUGUUCCCUCUCCACGGCGGCAGGGCCUCCCACAGAUCUCAAAAGAGACAGUAAGCGCUGUGCUUUAGAGUGACCCACCGGCGUGUGGGGGGGAAGUCACAGGGUGGAAUCACUGAGGUGGUGGGACGUACACCACAGCAGCAGCAGCUGCAAGUGCGUGUGGACACGGAUCUGGGGAACAUCCGUACACUUUGCAGGGGAUUAAAGUGAGCUGUGGGACUCAGCAGUCACCCCCCCAGUGGUGGUGAUUGUUUGUUUUACAUAUCCGGCUGUGUUUAUGUGUAAACCUCUACAUUCUGUUAAAUUGCAGGCUCAUGGUUUCCACACCUACCUGAAAUUCCACUUCCACUGUGUGCUGAAAAGGAUCGGUUUUUCAAAAAAAAUUGGGUCAAUUUAAAACGAUUGAAUUUAGAGUGGUUAGUGGUGGGUGCAGUCUGACCUGAGUUUUUUUUUUUUUAAUUUUUUUAUUGCGUCAUAAAGUUUAUCUCAAGACGUGUUGAGGGUCAGUGUCCAUGUCCAUUUAGUUGUAUUAGCAGUGUUUACUGUAAUCAUGUUACACAAGAAUUCAUAGCUGUUUUUAUAAGGGCACUCUGCCCCCAUCCCCUCUGUCCAGUGCUGCUCCUGUGCUCUGGAGCAUCCAGCACCCAUGUUCUAGAUGUAGCACUGCUAUGUCUGAUUCUGAAACAUGUAAUCCAUCAUUGGGUACAGUGUCCUAAUGAAUUUAGUCUUGUGUUUCACAAGCGCAAUGCCUGUUCAUUUGUCUGCACUUUCAUUGUAUGCCUGAGUUCAGUCUUGCCUCACACAGAGCUGAGCUGCACCCUCUUUGCUUUAGCAGCUGUGUUCUUAGGCAUUCUGCUGAAGUACAGCAAGAAAUGGUUAAGAUUCAGUUAUUUUAUGAAUCUCUGUAUUCCCCUGAACUAUUAUAGUGUGCCGU